UUGGUGCCCAUGAAUUUUCCGGCUACUUGAUUGGACGCAUUUGGUGGGUCGGUGUACUUUCCACGGAGACACUGACUAGUGAGGACUGAGGAGUGACUGCCCCGUGCCACCAUCGCGAACCAGUUGUUAGAGAAAGAGAGAUGGGUCUGGUUUCUCUCUCAACUCAGACUCAGUCUCAGUUUCAGGCUCUCUGAUGGGUGAGCAAACCCAAACCCAAACUACUCAGCCACCCUCUUCUUUACCCGAGAAUCCAUCGCCGGCGAAGUCCCGGAAGCUGUCCUCUCACUCUUCUCCACGGACGGCGGCCAUUUUGCUGCCAAUUACGAGACUGUUGUCUUCUGAUGAUGUUGUCGCUGCCGCUCUCCGCCACCUGAGAAGCUCCGACCCGGUUCUUGCUCCGGUGAUAGAUGCGUAUGAGCCACCGAAAUUCGAGAAUUCGGACACUCCGUUUCUGGCUUUAGCGAAGAGCAUUUUAUACCAGCAAAUUACGCACAAGGCUGGCACCACCAUUUACAACCGCUUUGUGUCGCUCUGCGGCGGGGAGACUAGGGUUUGUCCAAUCUCGGUUCUGGCGCUGACCCCUCCGCAGCUUCUUCAAAUUGGGGUUUCGGCUCGGAAAGUGAGCUUCUUGCACGACCUUGCGAACAAGUAUCGGACCGGAAUUUUAUCGGAUUCGAAGAUUUUGACGAUGGAAGAUAGGGCUUUGGUUUCAUUGAUAGCGAUGGUGAAGGGUUUUGGCGUGUUGUCCGUACACAUGUUCAUGAUCUUCUCUCUUCACCGCCCCGAUGUGCUUCCGGUGGGCGACGCUAAUCUCCGAAAAGGGGUUCAAAUGCUCUACGGUCUUGAAGAAUUGCCGCGGCCUUCGCAGAUGGAGAAGCUCUGCGAGCGGUGGAGGCCUUAUAGGUCUGUUGCUUCUUGGUAUAUAUGGAGACUAAGUGAGGCCAAUGGAGUUCAGGGCAAGGCUGAAUCCGGAGAAACUGGUGCUGGAUCGCCUAAGGGACCUGCAACAACUUGAGGGUGUGGCUGGAAAUUGCGAAAAUUGGCUUCGUGAAUUCCGGGGUGGGGUCAGAAAGACAUUUUUAUGCCUGUGGUUGAAUUGGAAACCAUAUUUAGAGAAUACUUUCUGGCUAAAAGAAGAACCAAAAAAAGGAAAGGGAAUUUCUCCGGCCACUGAAAGUAUAAAUAAACACAAUAGAAUUUUUAGUGGCCUUUAAUGCCACAUUAUUCUACGCUUAGUGGUGGACUUUUCUGUCACAAAAUACCUUUCUUUAAAGUGCAAAUAAAACCUCAUUUUUUCAAUGCUUUUUUAGGUUUAUAUUUUUAAAGAACUGAAACCAUAUUUUCUAAA